AUGGGAGCCAGUACAAGUGCUGAUCGACCGAUUCAUGUUCCGAUUCAUGUUCGCAAAGGUGAUUUGACAAAAGAACGAACUGAUGUUGUUGUCGUGUGUUCGUCAUCAAUAGGCUUGCUUGUAAGUGUAUUACAAGCAGGUGGAAAUGCUGUAAUGACUUCAUACAACAUUGAGUUCAGAAAAAAUUCAGCAAAUGUCAUUGCAGUUGCAGCUAGUGGACAACUGCUAGCAAAAGCAAUUUAUUUUGUUCCAUGGGAACCCGAUUCUGAUGAAACACUACUCUGUAAAUCAUUGAAAAAACUCGUUUCAAAUGCAAUUGAAAAAGCAGUGAAUGAUAAUUAUAAGAGUAUCGCAUUUUCGGCUAUUGGUUGUGGUCAGUUCGGCUGUUCGAUCAGUCUUGUUGCUAAAACUUUAAUUGGAGAAGCUUAUCAAUUGCGAACUUUGCAUCCAAUUGCCGUUUCCUUUAUAAUACAACCACAUAGAACAGAUAUUUAUGAUGAGUUUCAAAAACAAAUUGACUUAUUAGAUCCAUUAAAACCAUCCGAACAAUUAGAACCAUUAGAACGAACUCCAGAAAUACCAACAGUAUCUGUUCCAAUUGGAAAUGGAAUGAUUAUAGUGGAAAAGGGAAAUAUAACAACGCAAAAAGUUGAUGCUAUUAUUGGAAACCCACCAUCAAUAGCCUUACACCAUACGAUAAUCGAAGCAGCUGGUGAUGAAGUUGAAACUGCGUAUGGAAUUGAAUAUGGACGCAAUCCAAAUUCGAUCCUGAUCUCAACUCCACCCGGUAAAUUAUCUUGCCAGCGAAUCUUUUUCCUUAAAUGGGAACCAGAUGCAGAUGACUCUAUACUUCGACAAUCGAUCAUCGAUUUCAUAUGGAAUAUUAUCCAGAAUGUUAUCUCCUAUAAUUACACAUCAAUUGCAUGUCCAGCCUUUGGAUGUGGAGGAUAUGGCUGUUCAGUAGAUAUUGUAGUCAAGACAAUGGUUCAAGAAAUUAAAAAUCAAUUGAAAACAAGAAAUUUAUCAUUGACAGUCAAGUUUGUUAUUCGCCCUGAACAACAAAAUAUUUAUGAUGAAUUUUGUAAGCAAGUCUUGGCAUCCGAAGAAGGUAAAACCUUCGAUUGCUUCUGA